AUGCCGGCGAUAACGUUGAAACCAGCUCCGCCCUCGGUCAUUGCUUCAUGGCCCAUGCCGAACUAUGUGAACCCGGAAACCAGAGGUCCUGCCUUGGGAUAUGUCUGCAUCAUCUUCAGCGCUUUGGGAAUCGUCGCCGUUAUUGCUCGAUUAUAUUCCCGUCUAUACAUGACCCGAGCACCCGGUCUGGAUGACUUCCUUGUCGUCUUCGCCCUCUUAUUUGCCAUGGCCUUGGCCGUCUUGGUGAUCAUUGGCAACAAGCUCUACUACAGUGGUCGACAUGUGUGGGAUAUUCCGAUCAGCGCAUUCAAACCCCAUCGACUCAAUGUUUGGGUGAGCAUGUGGUGCUACGUGACUGCGGCUGCUCUCGUCAAAAUCAGUGUACUCUUGUUUUACCGCCGACUGAGCGUUAAGUUCAGCCGAGCGUUCCUCAUUGCGACCUGGAUUGGAAUUGUCUACAAUAUCCUCUAUUGGCUAGGCUUUGGCCUGGCUUUGCUACUCAUGUGUAAUCCGAUCUAUGCGUAUUGGACGAGUUUUGAUCCUGAGUGGGCCGCUUCACACUCCUACAGAUGUCAGGAAGAAGGAAUUGCCAUCCCCGCCUCAGCAGGCUUCAGUGUUCUGGGUGAUUUAUACAGUACGUUGUUGCCGGUUCUCCUCAUCUACAACCUGGGCCUCCCUCGGAGACAAAAGUUUGCCCUGUAUGCCCUGUUUGCUCUCGGAUUCUUAGCAGUUGCUGCGGGAAUCGUCCGAACCGUCUUGUUGGACGUUUUACUGAAUAAGAAUUACGACUUUACGUGGAUCUUGUGGGAGACAUGGAUAUGGGGGAUGGUUGAAUUGUACGUGGCCAUUUUUGCCGCCAGCGCACCUGCCCUCAAGCCUUUCUUUCAGCGAUUUUUCAUCGAGUCCCUGGGAAGUAUUGCGAGAAGCUCGAGGGUACAUGGCGACAGCCGAUGGAAUGCGGGAGAUGGGCCCCAGAAAGGAACAUGGGUCUCAGAAGUUUCCAAAGACGGAGGAAUUGUAGACGUGGAGAGAAUCGGCGUUGCAUACGACGGAACGGAGCCCGAAUCUCGAGAAAGGGGUUUUAUGAGGGACCUCGAAGACGAGGAGACACGACAUUACGAAUUGAGGGCCAGCCGAGACGGCAAAAUAAUUCCUAUGCAGGUGUACAAGUCAAGUGUGAGUAGCACCGGGCGACGAUCGAACCCUUUUUCGGAUCAUGAACGCACAGUUUCGACCAUCACUCCACCGACUGAAGACUGGCCGAUGCCGCCAGCGAUCAACUGUCCGGGGCCGACAACGCAACCAAGCCGACGAAACAUACCCUCUCAAACUUCACAACAAACCAUUCAUGUAGGUCUACAGAUUGAAAGACCACUCCAUCAUAGCUCUUCGAGAGGAAGUAUCACAAUGGCGAGGCUGAGGGCACCAUCGCCAAUGAAUCCACGAUCAUUUGAACACAUGCAUGAUGAAUUGGCGUCUGGGUCAAGACUUGAAUCACCGAGCGAUUCGGAUGAUGGGUCGAUAUAUGGAUAUGAAAAGCCACCUUGGAACACUAUCAAGACGUCGAGUAGCAUCCAGACGAGGGAAAGAAGUGACAGCGAUGAGACAUUGCAUUUACCGCGAAUGGGGAGCAGAGGUUUGGCUCCUGAGAAAAGUAAUUCCGGCAAGAUGCCAGUUGGAUCUGCCUUAUGA